AUGCACUCCCAGUUCUUCGAGAUCCUAUGCGGCAGCAAUGCUCCAACAAACGGAGCCGGGUCGAGCUCAGUCCAACGUGGACAGCUAUCAAUUGACAAAUACUCGGACAGAAACAUCCAAGUAUGGAAAUUUCCGUCUCUGCACGAGGGGACGUGGCUAGAAAGGGCGGAAGCCUUUUUGUGCGUUACAGCCCAUUUGAAAGCUUGCAACGGGAAUCUCCAAGGCGUAGUUUAUGCCUAUGGUCUAGAUGAUGACGAAGACGAUGAUAGUAACGGCGCAUUUCAAUUAUUUCGAUCUCUAAUGGGUGACGACACCCUCUCAAAAUCAACCAUUACCAUAUCGAGCGAUCCAGGCGAGCCUACCAUUGAUUUAGAAAACAUGCCACAAGACAUCCAUCGGACCAUCCUAUCAAGACUGACUCGGGAUACAUGUUUCAACCUUAUUGAUCAAUUUUUGGAGCCGAAUCUCGCCCCCACGCUCUGUGAAUACCAGCGCGAAAUCACAGACAAGAAGUUCAUGGGCAGUACCACCGCAGGCCGCCUGUUCGAGCAAAAGAUGAAAGAUGCACAAACGAUGAUCGAACGCGCACUCGGCCAUAUUCAUGGUAGGCCCUUGAGCCCGCCGGCUCCUUUUUCGCCGAUAUCGCCUAUGCCCCGUCGUCGGCCUAUAGCUAAAUUGUCUGGACUUGCGAGCGAACUUGCUCAGGCCCGGCGACAUUUUGACGAGCUGCAAGAUGCCUACGCCGCGUUGGAGAGUAAUUGUGCCGAACAAACAACCCAGCUGAAGGAGUCGGUCCUUGAGCUACGCACCAGGGAUGAUAGUUUACGGGUUGAGAAUGACAGUUUACGGGCCGAGAUAAACGCGUUGAACGCUACCCUCAACGAACUCCGGCCAAAACCUACGCACAAUCAGGUGGUUGGUCGAGAUAACGCUGUCCAGACUGAUCCGCCGCCCGAAGAGAAGCCUACUCGGAGCGACAUGCAGGCCGAGGCUUUAUCACUGAAAACUCAGCUUGCUGAAUCGAGAUUGGCGGAAGCAAAGGCAAUCAAGGAUGCCGCCAAUCUUUUCGAAGAAUUAACCAAGGCUAAAUCGCCUCUGAUGGAGGUCCAAAGGGCGAAUGCUGAACUCAAGAAAAAGGUUGGAUUGCUUGAAAAGCAAGCGGAAAAUACGACCAAAACGAUUGAAGCGAAAAAGGACGAGGUGGAAAAAGCAAAAUCAGAAGUGACGAAACUGCAAUCGCAGCUUAAAUCCGCGAGGGAAGAACUAGAGAAGGCGCAGCGUCAACUUAAGGAGUCUGCUGCCGCAAAGUCGAAAUUGGAGGAUGAAAGAUCGAAGGCGAUCAGCGUUUCCGAAAGUGCUCUCAAGGCCAAAGAAAACGUCGAGAAGGAGCUUGUCGUCGAAAAGGCCCGAAUCGGUGUCUCCAAGAAUGAGAGUCAAAAGGAGAUCGAUCGCUUGAAAAAAUCCAUUGCAGAGAAGGAGUCUCAUAUCGGCGAGAUCGCUAGGGCGGCCAAGGUUUGGACUCUCGCCUCGGCCGAAGCCAAGAGUUUGAAAGAAGAACUCAAGCUUCUUCAAACCUGCGCUGAUGCAAGGCAACGUGAAAUUCAGACCGAGCUUUGUGAAGUGCGUGACGAAUAUAAGCGAGCGACCAUCGAGUGGGACUUGGAGCGAACAAGACUCGAUUCUUCGAUUUUGGCUUUAACUCAAACUGGUGAAAAAACCAGGAGCGAUCUCGACAGAACUAUCGAGUUUAAAGAUAAAGAAGCCCAGGGAUACGCGAAGAGGAUCGCGGAGCUAGAGGAGUGGGGAACCAGAGGUGGGAUGCAAUCGGGCGUGACUGUAUAA